AUGCCUUUCUUUGGCAGCUUGUUCAAAAAGGAUGGCACGAAAGCUUCUAAAGGCAAGCUCAAUGCUGCGCAAGCUCCUACCACUGUCCAGCAGUAUCCGCCAUGGCAAGAGUCUUGGGAAAGGGCGACAGUCAAUGCUACGGAGAUCCAUGAAUUGAUACACCUGGCUACACAGGAGAUGAAGUCAAGGGACCUGGAUGCUCCAUUCUUCUUAUUGCCUUUUCGUCCCGAGUCUGAAGUCUCCACCACGACUUCCGCGCGCAACUUCAUAUGCCAUUUCUUCAAGGCCAGAUACGAGAACACGGCUGGCUAUUCAGGAGCCAAUUUAUCUCAUGAGUUGCUACUGACAGAGCCUAUGGUCCUCGUCAGUAUCAUAAAAUGGUGCUGGAGCAGGCUUCCAGGAGGUGUCGUUACCUGGGAGACUUACGAGCUAUUUCGCAUUGGCGAACAAGAUUCCAACAUGGCUGUCCACGCUUUCGAUACAUUCAUUCCAAUCUCCGUUGAAGAUGAAGCGAGAAAGAAAAUUAUUUUCGACUUCUUCGAUCUCCUUGCUGCCGUCGCGGCCCGUGGGAAGACAAAUGGUCUUGGAGGACGCAAACUCUCUCGCCUAGCAGGCUGGUGGGCCUUCGAGCUUAGCGACGGUGGUAAGGGCUUUGAUGGAGGCUACAGCUCAUGGUCGAAUGCCGCAAAUGCCUGCAGUCAUCUCUUCUUCGCGUAUCUGAGGUCUCUCUCGCCGGAGAUCCAGCCUGGCUUGAGCGGCAUUUCGCCCUUACCUCGAUCUUUACAGGCUCUAUUGUCUCAGACAGAGUAUCCACCACAAGCACCUACGCUCAUGCACUCUACAACACCAAAGGUAGUCAUGAUUGUGGAUUCAGUAUCUCCGACACCAUUCGCACUGCUUCGGCGAACCGCCAAUUUCGAAUAUCGAGACGAAGACGUCGCCCUACAGCAAUUCAGUACCUACGACGACCCAGUUCGCGCCUUAACAGACGAGUGUCGCAGGGUCCUGGAGGCGAUCUCGUCCACAAAUCAGUCAGAUGCGCAAAAAACCUCAGACUCAACGUGGUCGAGCUUCCAGAGAUCUGGUUUUGGACAGGCGUCAGAUAGUCUCGACGCCAAGUCUGCCAACGGUUCCGCCCUGCCAUCCAGCCAGGAGUUUUCGGGGUUGCGCACCGAGCCAAGUUCUCGCUCAAACGACUUCGGCAGACCUACGACACCCUCUUGGGCCGACUUCCUGACCACCGGGUUCUCUGAGGAUACUACCACGAAGACGGUAGGUCCAGUGCUAUUGCCUCCGGACAAGCAACUUCCUCCGAUUGGCGAGACGGCACGUGUACGAAGCUCUCAAUCUCACGUCAAUAAUGGCUACAGCACUCUCGAGCCCGGUGAGCUUGCAAGCAUUGGUCGCUUCGAGCUUGAUGACACGUUCUGGUGGGUAUGGAUCACUAGCUUAGCUGGAGAGGAAACAGCUUCAAGAAAGGCAGUCUUUGGUCGAUGUGCUCUCAUUGAGGUCGAGAUACAUGGCGCAAGAUGGCUACUGGUUGAAGAACAGAUAAAGGGCGCGUCCCCGAGGCCUGAGAAAGAUGCCUAUAUUGCCGAAAAGAAGAGCAAAUUUAGCUUUCGCAACCGAUUGGGCCGUCGCAAGUCAACAGGCAAAAACAAACUGGAGCCAUACAAGCGGGGUCAGUCAGACACAUCUAUGAGCAAAACGAGCAUUACGCCGGAUCAGCAUACUCGUAUCCAGCAAGCUGCUGCACAACUUGCCCAUGACCAAAAGCAGAAAGCGAACCCGGAAGGCGCUCAACGUCGUGGGCGUAGCGACGAUCAAGCAUCAAACAAAACAGCCAGCGUCUUGACGUUGCAGCCUAAUAUAAUGAGCGAAGCCGCGCCGGCAAUGAAGUGGGCAAAGGAGUUUGACAAGGACACUGUACGAGCCAAGUAUCUUAGUAAUAAGACAGCUGGUACUGGAAAGCCUGUUGAGCAACUUGCAAUUGCGAAGGAUGCCAAGCAAGACAGCCUUUCCAACGGUCGAAUCUCGCCUACUACUACUGAUGCUGCUGGUGCGGCUUUCUCUUCUCCAUCCGGAGGGAUUUCGAGGAAAGAAGUCUCGUCAAAUCCACCGUUUCCUGUUACGCCCACAAAGGCUGAUGGUGCAGAAAUAGCACAUGCAGCCAGCGUCCCUCUUCCCGAUGAAAAAGCUUUCGUCUCCCCUUCGCAGCCCGAUCUCCGUCAACACCCUGCUCUGCGUUCAGAGAGUCCUGAGCUCUCCCGCCCAAUACCUCCACCCAAGAACAAUGCGGCAGCGGCGGCAGCAGCGGCCUGGCACCGACAACAGGCGCAGCAAGUUGACACACCAAGCCCUGCGGCCAGCCCCGUCGCUAAGAAGGACUCACCUAAAAAGCUGAAAAAAACAAAUACGAGCGCUGGAUUCAAAAAGAUGCUCGGUAUGGGAAAGAAAGAUAAGCAGGAGAAGGAGAAGGAACCAGCCGCCGCCCAGAUGCCGACUAUGCAAGAAAGCUCACCUGCCCCUGAACAGGAUGUGCCUAAGGAGCCUGUCAUUUCACCCAUACCAGAACCAUCACAUAAGUCAGAGCUUGAAACAGACCCAGUUGCUACAGCACCAGCUAUCGUGUCGAGUUCUGCUGCUCCCCAGAGCGCCGCCGUCGAUGCUGUUGCAAACGGGCCGGCCACGAGCAAGAAAGCCCUUAAUGAUUUCAGCCAAGGACCUCUUGAGGAUGUCCCCGCAUUCAUCGCCGAUGAUUCUGCCGAUGCUGAUUCUGUAGACUCACCUUAUCAGCAAGGAAGGCAUGCAGAGCCUGCCACUCCUGCUGAGGAGCCACAAAUUUCACCUGCCGACAACAAUAAAGAACCUUUGUCCACGGCUGAGGACAAUCAGUCAGAAAAAUCGCUUGACUUGCACCGGAAGGUCUCGCCUUCGCAGGACAGGUGGGCCCAGAUCCGCAAGAAUGCUGCCGAACGCGCUGCUCGUGUCAGCGAGGAGCAGUCAUUUGGCAAGACUGAUGAUGGUGGCGAGACCAGUGGAGAGGAGACAAUCGAACACCGGGUCGCUCGCAUCAAGGCCCGAGUUGCUGAGCUCACCGGAGCAGCCACGGCGGAAUCCCAAGGCGUUAAGACUGGUACUAAGUAA